AUGAGAAACCAUUCUGCAAUAACAACAUUCAUCCUGCUAGGACUAACAGAUGAACCGCAACUACAGUUGUUUCUUACAGUAUUUCUGUUUCUCACCUACAUUCUCACUGUUUCCGGAAAUCUAAUUAUUAUCCUUCUCACACUAAUGGACUUUCACCUUAAAACCCCCAUGUACUUUUUCCUUCGGAAUUUUUCCAUCUUAGAAAUAAUAUUUACAACUGUCUGUGUUCCUAGAUUCCUGUACAGCAUGACAACUGGGGACAAAACUGUUACCUAUAAUGCUUGUGCCAUCCAGUUAUUUUUUGUCAUCCUCAUAGGGGCAACAGAAUUCUUUCUUCUAACUGCCAUGUCCUACGAUCGCUAUGUGGCCAUCUGCAAGCCCUUGCACUACACCAUCAUCAUGAAUGACAGAGUGUGCACGAUACUUGUCUUUUUCUGUUGGCUGGCUGGAUUACUUGUCAUACUCCCACCACUUAGCCUAGGAAUUCAGCUAGAUUUCUGUAACUCCAAUAUCAUUGACCAUUUUGGCUGUGAUGCAUCCCCUCUUCUGAAGAUUGUGUGCUCAGACACGCAAUUCGUGGAACAAAUUGUUUUAACCAUGGCUGUGCUCACCCUCAUAUUGACACUGAUGUGUGUAAUUGUGUCCUACAUAUACAUCAUCAAGACCAUUUUAAGACUCCCUUCUGUUCAGCAAAGAAAAAAGGCUUUUUCCACUUGUUCUUCCCAUCUAAUUGUCGUUUCUAUCACCUAUGGAAGUUGCAUCUUCAUCUAUUUCAAACCAGCAAAGGAAGGAGUGGCCCUUAAUAAAGUGGUGUCAUUGCUCAACACCUCAUUUAUUCCUUUGAUGAACCCUUUCAUUUAUACUCUACGAAAUAAGCAAGUAAAACAAGCCUUCAAAGACUCAAUAAAAAAGAUUGCGUUUCUUUCGGAGCAUUAG